UAUCAUGGUCAACGUGUGCUCUUACUUCUCGACAACUGCACUAGUCAUGAUAUUACUCUUCAAUAUACUGACGUUUCAUUUUUACCUCCAAACACGACUUCGAAAAUCCAGCCUAUGGAUGUGGAAAUUAUUGUAAGCUUCAAAAGGCAUUAUUGUUGUCUUCAUAUUCGUUGGAUGCUACAAGAAAUCAAAAAUGGAAAGCAUGCAGAAAAUUUAAAAAUGAACGUGUUACAAGCUAUCUAUUUUCUUAUUCAAAGUUGGGAUGAAGUUAGCACCAGUACAAUUCGGAAUUAUCCUGUACUUAAUGAUAUUUUGAACGCACUUAAAACUCUCAACCUUCCAGAUUCUAUGCCAGUUGAAGAAUUUUUGGCAAUUCCUAAAAAAAACGUCGUUUAUGAAGUUCUUUCGGAUGACCAAGUUAUUACCGAUCUUGUUGAAACAUUUAGAGCUGAUGAACCAACAACUGUUGAAUUGGAAGAUAUAGAUGAUAGUCUUGAAAUUCCUAUAGUUAGUGCUAAUACGGCAAAUGUGA